AUGCAAAUUUUGUUAUUGAUAAGUCAGCUCGAGAGGAACGGUUUUGACAAUUUCCCUUCCUUAAGGUCGUUGGAUUUGUCAUAUAAUCAUUUGAAAGAGUACCAGCUGUCGUUAAAGAAUUUGCUCGAUGCAUUCAGUGCUAGAUUCAAGGAGAUAGAUGAUCUUGCAAUCAAGGUUGAGAUUUUCACGGCGCCAUUUACAGUGCGUUUCGAAACAGCACCGCCGCAGUUCCUAAUGGAGCUGAUUAAGCUUCAAUGCAAUACGAUCCUUAAGGAUAGAUACUACCACUAUAAUAGUGAAUAUAAUCUGGAUGGCAUUAUAGCAAUCCAAUGGGGCAGAACUCAUGAAAAAGAUGCAUUAGAUUAUUUGAAACAACAUUAUAAUUUGAAUAUUCAAUCAACAGGAGUAUGGCUUACAAAUUCAGGACUCCUUGGAGCUAGUCCUGAUGGUUUAAUUGAUGAAGGAGAUGCCAUUGUGGAAGAACCGAAAAAACCUGCACGUUUGUUCUUCACUGUAGUGCUUGCAGUCAGGCACAAAGCACAUUCCCAUUAUAAUGAAUCCGUGAACACCUUAAAAUACAUAUAA